AUGCAUGUUCUCUCUGGAACCAGAUCACCGCUAACCUUGGGAGAAGACACGCAAAGCUGCCAUGACUGCACAAGUGCACUCGGUGAAUCCUCCUUCCCCUGCCAUCCUCCUUGGACAGCCUUUGUCAGGACUGGACAUCCUGGCGAUGAAGUGCAAAUUGCCGAACCCGGAUUCCUCCACUCUUCUGACCGUGGACAUCCAUUGACCAUACUUCAUUGUCCAUCAGCUCUUUGUCGCCUCCUACCUACUUACCUUAAUAGUGUGGUGCAUGUGCAGUGUCUUCUAGCUCAGGUCCUAGGAAAGUAUGCGGCGGUUCGGCGAUGCCGAGAACUGUCGACCGGGAGGGAGUUCGCCGCCAAGUCCCUGAAGAAGAAGGCCCGGUCGAAAGAGAGUCGUGAGGAGAUCCUCCAUGAAGUGGCAGUCUUGGAGGCCUGCAGGCCCUGUUCCAGGAUCGUAUCUCUCCACAAAGUCUUCGAAGCUCGAGGCGGCGAGCUGCAGAUGCUGUUGGACAGCGACGAAGAACUGCCGACGGAGGCCCAGGUUCAAGCCCUCAUGCGACAAAUACUUGAAGGUAUCAUCUUCCUCCACGGCAUCAACGUCGCCCAUUUAGACAUCAAGCCUCAAAACUUAAUCCUGACUGGCCCCCUACCUAACUGCGAAGUAAAACUCUGUGAUUUUGGAAUUUCAAGGCAUCUUAGCGAUGGCGCUGAUGUGAGGGAGAUCUUGGGUACACCCGACUAUGUCGCUCCUGAAGUACUGAACUAUGAACCUAUCAGCCUUGCUACCGACAUGUGGUCUGUUGGAGUUUUGCUUUAUGUACUCCUUACUGGCUGUUCUCCUUUCGGUGGUGACACGAAGCAAGAAACCUUCUGUAAUAUCUCCCAAUGUCGUCUUGACUUUCCUGAGGACCUCUUUGGAGAGAUAUCAGAAGAGGCUAAAGACCUGAUGACUAAACUAAUGGUUAAAAAUCCAAGUGGACGACUGACUGCGGAGCAGUGUAUGAAACACGCUUGGUUCUCAAAAGUUUUUAGUGAAUCGUCAGCCGCCACAUCCACGCUCACCAUCGCAUCCAAUACACUUCCUGCCAAGCCCAGAACACCUAUACCAGCCAAAAGAACAAUCAUACCAGAAACUAAAACACCUAUGGAUACUAGAAUUCAGAAUAAAGAAGAGACUAAAUUAGUAAUAGAAAAAGAAGUAGAUAAUAAUAAAAAUAUCAUUAAUAAUAAUAAUAAUAAUAAUAAUAAAGUAGCCAAUUAUAGUAGAGGGCUUAGUGAAGAGAGAAGACGAUCGUUGCAUUCUAAUUUACAGCACUUGAUUGAAAGAUUAGACAAUGAAGAGAAACGAGAGGUUAGACUUACCAAAAACGACAGCUUCAAAAGGGCCUCUGCGACUCAAACGAUGCCACCAAUUAGAUAUCGAACUAACAGCACCAGCGAUUUGGAUCAGACAGUUUUCAAAUUCAAACGUGUAGUCGUGGUUGACGAAGAUGAGGGAUUGCCUCCGUCACUUGGAAGCAGUGCUGACAACUCCUGCGAUUCAAAUAGUGAUACCAUUAGUGAAAUGUCCAUCGAUUCCUCAAGUGAUCGAUCGAGCAUCAUCUCCUUAGACGAUACACUUGAUUUCCAUUACGGGAAGGGUAUGAGACACUACUCUUCAUGCCUCAAUGUUUGGGAAGCUGUGAGGAAUCAGAAACCUGUACUGAGGCCUGUUCUAAAAGAGUGUAACGAGUCCUUUGUUAAAGCAAUGUCAAGGUUUAAGAAAGAAGAGGAAAACACUUGGAGUAAAGUAAAACUAAGAUCUCCAGAGGAUAGAAGGUUCAGCGUCUUCAACCCUAACAGGUUGAGUUUGCCGCAGACAUCAUCACCUGGAAGGAAAUCCAUCGGCCUAGAAUUCGUAAGGGAAACCAAUGGUAAUUUGGUCGUGAUCAGGGAAGUGAAAGCAAUUCAAGGAAAGAAGUAUUCUAGGACUUCUGAACUCAAGUGCGAAUCAGUCCAAUCUCGAAUUCGCAAGUUAGAACAAAUAAAAUCAGAACAGCUGGAGAACAGCAUAUUCUAAAAAAAAAAAAAUGAAAAAAAAUGAGCUUACUCUAAUUUUGUAAAAAUUUUGUAUUUGUAAAUAUUGUUAUGUAUUUUUGUAAAUAAGUAUUGUACAUCAAAUUUAUAAUGUGUGCCUACAUUUUUAAGUUAUAAUCAACAUUAAUUAUUAAUAUUUAUAUUCUGAAGACCUUUUUUUCGGUGAUAGCCUUGUGACUCACUUUGUGAUUUAUAUACUUAAAAUCAGAUAUUGAAAUCUUUCAACACACUUUAACAAUAGAUCUCCAUUUCUGCUAAAAGAAUAUAUUUCAAUUUGCUCAACUAGACAAUCCUUUCUAUAUCCAUGAUUCUGGCAGAGUUUAAAAAUUAUUUAAAGUUAGAUAUUAUAUUAUAAAGCUAGUCAUUUUAAUAUAAAAUUAAUAUCCUCCGAUUAGAGGAUGAAUUAGACGAGUUGAUAUGUACAGAAUAUAAAUUACCUUUAUGAAUUAUAUUUAUUAAUUAAUAUAUACAUAAACAUGUGAAUAAAGUUCUUCCAUUAUUAAAAAUAGAAGAGUUUUAUAAAAUAUUUAUUAAAUGUUAAACAAAUACUAAUUGCCUGUUUGUUCAAACAAAAAAUAAGACAUAUUCUGGCAUAAUUUUUCAUUUCAUGCUAUAAAUAUUCUGGCAUAAUUUUUCAUUUCAUGCUAUAAAUGUACAAAAAUUGAAUAUUCUAUUUGACAUAUUUGUACUUAUUUUAUAUACCAUUGUGUACUUAUAUAAACUGUCAUUUAUUAGUUAGAGAUAAGAGUUGCCAUAAUUGGUCCAUGUUUUAUAUCAAGUGCCAAGAAGUUUAGUCGGUAUUAGCUGAGCAGUAUCGUAUGACUAUUUUACCAACUGAAUGACUUUAGGUCUGUGAUCACGUUGUUACAGAAUUGACGUUCAUGUUUUAUUCAAUUUUAAUCAUUGUUAUGAAACUAUUGUGAUGAUAUGUAUUAUGUUCUGUAUUGCUCACUUGGAAUUUAGCUUGUCUGUAAUAAUGUUUGUAGAUAUUACUGAUAAAUAUAAAAUUUAAAUUAAUUAUAUUUAUUUUUUUUGUCCUUCAACAUAUACAGUUUGCAUGUUCAACAUAAGAACCAACAGCCAAAGAACUAGUUAAAACCAAAGAACUAAAAGUGUUAAAACACUUGCUAGCAUGUAAAAUAAAUGUUAGAAAUAAAGUAAUAAUUAAAAAGAAAAAAUGAUUGACAAUGGAUCUGAAUGUUGAGAUAAAAAAAGAAAGAAAAUAUAAUUGAAUCAGUUAUUUCAGAAACAGUACAUGUGUAACUUUAAUAGAUUUUGAGUUGAGACAUAUUCUGGGUAUAUUGUCCAUAGUAUGUAUCUUUAAUAAUCUGGUUUUAU